GUUACAUAGAUUCGUUACGUUUUUCUAUCCCUUAAGAAACACCAGAUGGAGAUCACUUCAGAAAAUGCUAUGUCCUUGCUCUCUUGCUUUAUCUCAUCAUGUUUCCUUGUCUUAAUCACCGCAAGAUUCCGACGGGGCUUUCGCCUAACCGUUACGCUGCCUCCUGGACCUCCACGAUUACCGUUCAUCGGAAACAUUCACCAAGUUGGUAAAAACCCACACCGCUCAUUCGCCGACCUUUCAAAAACCUAUGGACCAGUAAUGAGCCUUAAUCUUGGAUCUUUAAAGUCGGUGGUCAUAACUUCACCAGAAGCUGCAAGAGAGGUUCUAAGAACACAUGACCAAAUCUUGUCUGCCCGUAAGUCUACUGACUCGAUACGGUCCGUUGGUCACCACGAAGUUUCAGUCAUCUGGCUUCCUGCGUCGUCUGCUCGUUGGAGGAUGUUGAGGAAAUUGUCGAUAAAUCAGAUGUUUUCACCGCAGCGUAUGGAAGCUACGAAAGCUCUGCGAAUGAAGAAGAUGCAAGAGCUUGUGAGCUUCAUGCAUGAGCGUAGCGAGAAAGAAGAGGCUGUUGAUAUCUCUCGUGCAUCUUUCACCACAGUUCUUAAUAUCAUAUCAAACAUUCUGUUUUCGGUUGAUCUCGGUAGCUACGACGUCACGAGCAAAUCCAAUAGAUUUCGGGACACGGUGAUUGCUACAAUGGAAGCUGCCGGGAAACCAGAUGCUGCCAAUUACUUUCCGUUUAUGAGGUUUCUUGAUCUGCAAGGUAAUAGGAAAAAUAUGAAGGCUUGCACGGAGGGAUUGUUUAGGGUUUUCCGUGGAUUCAUUGAUGCUAAACGGACGGAGAAAUCAUUGGAUAACUCUAAAGAUGUCUCAGACAGUGACUUCCUAGAUGCGCUUCUCGUCCUAGCGGAAGGAGAUGAAUCCGAGCUUGACAAUAACGAUAUUGAACACCUUCUAUUGGAUAUGUUUGCAGCAGGCACGGAUACAAGCUCUAGCACCCUAGAGUGGGCAAUGGCAGAGUUACUUAAUAACCCAAAAUCACUAGCCAGAGCUCAAACCGAGAUGGAUUGUGUGAUAGGCCAAAACGGCAUCGUUCAAGAGGCUGAUAUCUCACAUUUGCCGUAUUUACAAGCAGUUGUGAAAGAAACUUUCCGAUUACAUCCUGCUGCUCCAUUUCUCGUCCCACGUAAAGCUGAAGCUGACGUGAAGGUGCUUGGGUUCAUGGUGCCUAAAGACACUCAAGUUCUUGUGAACGUUUGGGCUAUAGGACGAGAUCCAGCAGUGUGGGAGAAUCCGACCCGGUUCGAACCAGAGAGGUUUUUGGGUAAAGAGACUGAUGUGAAAGGUAGAGACUAUGAGUUAACACCAUUUGGGGGCGGACGAAGAAUCUGUCCAGGGUUGCCUUUGGCUGUGGUGACUGUGUCACUCAUGCUUGCUUCACUUCUUUAUUUCUUUGAUUGGAAGCUUCCAAAUGGUGUUGCUUCUGAGGAUUUGGACAUGGACGAGACAUUUGGUAUUACAUUACAUAGGACCAACCCCUUACAUGCCGUUCCUGUCAAGAAACGCGCAUAUAAGUAACCAUUGUACUAUUGCAGUUCUAUCUCUUGUUUUUUUUAGGUUUAAAUGUGUAACUCGUUGUUUAAAAGUUUCCAUCAAACCGUUAUACAUAAAAUAAAAAGAUCAUCACAAAGGUAUAGUUCUUGGCUGUUUAAGUUUGAAGUUUUCUUCCCAUGAGAGAUGGCUAGGGUUGAAGAAGUACAUACUAAACUUUGUUCCGAAUUAGUAUAUCAUUAGCCCAAUAAAAAAACACGAAGAUAGUAAUGAAUGCAAAGAAAGAGCUUUAGAGAAAUUCCAAUGGGAACAAUGGAGUUCUAAACUUACAUAUUAGUGUAUGUAUAUAUAUAACAAAUAUUAUUUAAUUAAAAAUAUGUUAAAAUUCUUGGAAAUUCAACCAAUAAUAUGUCAAAUGAGAUAUUAUUGGUUGGUUUUCCAAGAAUUUUAACAUACUCAUCUAUUAAAAUAUAAUAUUUGUAUCUUUUAAUAUUUUUGAAAUUUUUGGUUAGAUACUCCCAGUGAGUAUGUUUUUAAUAGUUUAGAUUUGAAAAUGCACAAAAUUAUUAGAAAAUAAAACUUGUAAUAGUAUGAUUUUUUUUUGGUUUGGUGAAAUGUUAUAGGUUAAAUAUAUGGGCCAGGGCCCAAUUUAAUCGAGCGGCUGCUAAGACCAUGAUCAAUACAGGUUCUUAGGAUGAGGCUCUUAAUGUAAUAUAAGAUACGCCUCUUAUAUAUAAGAGACGUUUCUAAAAAUGUCAAAUCAUACUCUAAGAAUCCCAAAUUGGUCUUCCCCAUUAAUCAUGUUCUAAGUAGGGCAACUAUUUGGAGAGAGAAAAACUAUUUGGCAUCUCAUGGCGGACCGGCGAGACUCCCGCCGCCGCCUGAUCGUUCGAAGCAAGAUGCUCUUCCUUCCAAGCUCCGUGUUCUCAUGAACUACACCUCUCCUCCGCCUCCUCAAGAUUCUACUAAACAAGUUGUAGAGAAGAAAAACAAGAAAGCUAAAGCUGGAGUUGAUGCUGCCA